GGCACAUUCACGGGUGCCGUGGCGACGCUCAUCGUUCCGUCGCUUGGUGUGCCUGAGGGCGAGGACCCUAAUACCUCCACAGCCUACGGCGGAUCCGCCUUUGUCGGCCUCGAUACCUUCUCAUGCCCGAACGGCAUCGCAGCUGGUAUCGAAUUCAAUCUCCAGAGCGGUUCACAAACCUUUAAUGUCUUUUACCAGACUUUUGGUGAUAACGCCAUUUCUUCCUCCCCUGACAUGUCCCUUACGGCGGGCGACGCCAUCAUGAUAAACGUCGCCAUGACAAACACAACGUCAAGCACGGUUUACAUUAUUAACCAGAGCACGGGCCAGACCGUCUUCGACGUCGUCUCUACCGAACCUCUGUGCGGGGAGAAUGCGCAUUGGCUCCUACAGGGCAUCGGCGGGGACGGUGUCCCCCUCCCCUUUCCCAACUUUGGCAAGAUCACCUUCGCUGGUGCGAAUGCGGAGACCAUUUCAGGCCCUGUCGGCAUCUCUGGCGCGACCAUUAUAGACCUAGAGCAGAAUAAUACUGUCCUUACUACCGUCUCGACCUCGUACACGAACGUCGAUAUUAGUUACAUCUAA